CGAGGCCUGAGCCACGCAUGGCGGCGAUGGCUGCCGGCGGGUCUGUGGAGCCCGGGCCCACGGGGGCUGUUGCCACCCCCUCACCCGCCCAGGCCCGGCUGCCCGCCCCGGGACACUUGUUCCGGCCCAUUAGUGCGGAGGACGAGGAGCAGCAGCCCACCGAGAUCGAGUCGCUGUGCAUGAACUGUUACCGCAACGGCAUCACCCGCCUCCUGCUCACUAAAAUUCCCUUCUUCAGAGAAAUAAUCGUGAGCUCCUUUUCCUGCGAACACUGCGGCUGGAACAACACGGAGAUCCACUCGGCUGGCAGGAUCCAGGACCAGGGAGUGCGCUACACUUUGACCGUCAGGGCCCUGGAGGACAUGAACAGAGAAGUGGUGAAGACUGACUCUGCCACCACGAGGAUCCCUGAGCUGGAUUUUGAAAUUCCUGCCUUCAGCCAGAAGGGAGCUCUGACCACUGUUGAAGGAUUGAUCAGCCGUGCUAUCUCUGGCUUGGAGCAGGACCAGCCCACACGAAGGGCAAAUGAAGAAGCCAUAGCUGAAAGAAUUGAUGAGUUCAUUGCCAAACUGAAGAAGCUAAAACAAGUGGCCUCCCCUUUCACUUUGAUCAUUGAUGAUCCCUCGGGGAACAGCUUUGUGGAAAACCCACAUGCUCCCCAGAAGGAUGCUGCCCUAGUGAUCACACACUACAAUCGUACGCUACAGCAGGAGGAGAUGCUGGGGCUCCAGGCAGAAGCAACUGAGGAGAAGCCAGAAGAGGAAGAUCUCAGAAAUGAGGUUCUACAGUUUAACACAAACUGCUCAGAAUGCAAUGCCCCAGCUCAGACCAACAUGAAGGUAGUACAAAUCCCCCACUUUAAGGAGGUUAUCAUCAUGGCUACCAACUGUGAGCACUGUGGGCAUCGGACCAAUGAGGUGAAAUCUGGAGGCGCAGUAGAGCCCUUGGGCACCAGGAUCACCCUCCAUAUCACAGAUCCCUCAGAUAUGACCAGAGACCUCCUCAAGUCUGAGACAUGUAGUGUGGAAAUUCCAGAGCUAGAAUUUGAACUCGGAAUGGCUGUCCUUGGGGGCAAGUUCACCACACUGGAGGGGCUGCUAAAAGACAUCCGGGAACUGGUGACCAAGAACCCUUUCACACUGGGUGACAGUUCUAAUCCUGGCCAGACGGAGAAACUACAGGAGUUUAGUCACAAGUUGGACCAGAUCAUCGAGGGUAACAUAAAGGCCCACUUUAUUAUGGAUGAUCCAGCAGGAAACAGUUACUUGCAGAAUGUAUAUGCACCUGAAGAUGAUCCUGAGAUGAAGGUGGAGCAUUAUCAGCGCACCUUUGAACAAAAUGAGGAGCUGGGGCUCAAUGACAUGAAGACGGAGGACUAUGAGACAGGUCUGGCCCCACAGCGGUAGCAGUGGGCAGUUCAUGAGCCAGCCUCCAUCACUGCUCAUACUAUGGGUUAUUUAUUACUAUUGGAAUAAGGCUGGGAGUGUCCUCUCGCCUGCCCUUGCCGACUGUGGGGGAGGACUCCUGACUUGAGUCAGAGAUCUAGGCCUGCUUUUAACAGCUUGUGCAUGUGCAAGCCUGUGUGUUACUUGACUUUAUUUUGGAGGUUUUGAAUCAGCCUGGGAAGAAACCCGGAAAAGAACCAUGGGACAUGUCAUCAGUUUUUUUCUAUCAAGCUUUACCCUCCUUCCACACAAUGCUUUGUCCUCUGAGGUCGGAACUCUGAAGUUGGAGAAGGUGGAAUCAAGUUACAGCCGGAGUUUGGGAGUUGGUAUUGGAUAUAUAAAAUACUGACUUUCAGCAGGAAAGGGGUCUCCUGAGGGGAGGGAGUCCAAUACAGGUAAAGAAGUUAUUAAAACAAUGCCUUUCAAACA